ACACAAUAAAGUUCAGGCACAUUAUUACAUUAUUAUACCGCUCGUGCACAGAACCUUUCACGCGACAAAGAAAAUGUAUGAUUUCUGCUUCACACCCUUCUUCUCGCUGUUCCUAGGGGUAGCGGGACUGUAUGGAUUUUUCUCCCAGGGAAGUAAGGUCUCUCUUGGGGCUGGGGUCGGCUCAGCAGCGGCCCUAGGGCUCCUAGCUUAUCUGUCGCUUCAACACUACAACAAAGCCAAGGCCGUUUGCAAGCCAACUGUGUUCUUGAGCUUGGUGAUCUCCGCUGGGCUCUCCUUCAUGAUGUACCGGCGCUACGAAAAGACACAUGCUAUUCCACCUGCUGUAAUUGGAUCGGUCAGUGUCGUGAUGGCUCUAUUCUAUGCAUGGAACAUCAGCCCUCUGGGUCCCAAGCCUCCGAAGAAGACGCAGGGGAAACGGUAUUAAGCAUGGACGUCUGCAACGAUGCUGGCUACCGUAUAAGUUGGAUAAAACCCUUCAACGGGAGUAGAUGGGCACGCAAUUUCUGUCAUGUUGGAUGGUCUAGAUUGUCCGCUCUCAAGGUGUGACCGUUGGAGAUCGGGGCCAGGAACUGACAGAGACGAAAGGCUUUUAUGAUUCGCUGUUGUAGUGCUCCUAUACAGAUCCGGGUCUUGUUCUUAUCGUAUUCUGGCCUGUAACGGUUCUACGACCUUCCUUUGCACGCAGCCUGCCUUUGCUUUGCGCGGCUCAAUCCUUCGCAGCGGAUGUUAAAAGGAUUACCCAAAACGGCUGGUGCCUUGGUCGGUGCGCAUGUGCGGGUUCGCCUACCUUGCAAGUCAGCAACACGCAUCAGUACCACGAUUAGGGCAGCUGCGGUCCAACAGCAAGAGUACUGCGUCAUCGUGGAUGAACACAAUCGGGUUGUGGGGGCGAAACCCCGGGACGUCACGGUUCGCAACCGGCUGCUAGGUCGCGGCUCUUACGUGCUCGUGAGCAACCCCGAGGGGCAGCUGCUGGUGUCGAAGCGCAGCAGCAGCAAGGACGUGUACCCGGGCUACUGGGAUGUGGUGGUGUCGGGGGUGGUGCGGGCGGGGGAGGAGUACGAGGACACAGCCGCCAGGGAGCUGGCGGAGGAGAUCGGGGUGAGUGAGGCGGCCGCGCGCGCGGGUCUGCGGCGGCUGUUCGUCUUCCCGUACCGCGACAGCAGCUGCCACGUGUGGGGUUGCGCCUUUGCCUUCACCCAUGAGGGGGGGCCGCUACAGCUGCAGCAGGAGGAGGUGGACUGGGCGGGGUUUCGGAGCUGGGACCAGGUGUCCGCCAUGAUGGCAGAGGAGCAGUUCACGCCAGUGGGGAGACGCAUCCUGGAGCUGUUUCAGCAGCAGCAGCAAACACAAUCGACACAGACAACAACGCCUCCAGUCACAGAGCAACAGCAGCAGUAGGGUCAAGAGCGGAGGGGGUCGAGCCAAGCGAGUUCUGACUGCACGGAGCCGGGGAGCCGCAGCAGCAGCAGGACACCCAGUCGGCACUGCCAUCACGGUCGGCUAGCAGCCAGCAAGGGUUGUGCACAGUGCAUGGGAGUUGAACCAUGCAGUUCGUUGACGGUUUAGCUGCCGUGGCGUGAGGUUGUCAUGCGUUAGGACUUAGGGUUGUCAUUAUCAGCUGCAUGUGACACUGUGCUGCCCAGCAGCAGCCUGGGCUGUUGCAAAGACGUUUCUCGCUGAAUUGGUGGUCCCGGUGGACAUCGGAUAGGUGCCCGGUGGCUGUGUGUAGGGUGUGAGCUGCAGGGACACGACAAGGGUACAAUGCAAUACCGGUCGGAGCCCCCUAUACGUGCGACGCUGCUUACUUUACCGUAUAACCGGCCUUCACAUGGUUUGCCGGUUCACAUGGUGUACGCAGAUGCCCUGAUGCAUAAUACAAGUAUGCAAUGGGCAGUCAGGGAGCACUCAUCCAUUAUCGGAACCACUGCUGGAUGUAUAAAAGGAAGGCACCAGGCCCUACUGCUUUGCUACUACUACUACAAGCCUGCCCUCUCUCGCGGCCCCUGCCCUGCUCCAUCUCCCCUCUUCCUGUAAUCCUGGCUGCCCC